CGUGACGUCAGAGCAGGACACACAAAAUCGACAUCUUAAUGAUCCUAGGUCAAAAUGUAUUUUGAAAGAUGCUCUAAAUUACACUCUGGAGAACUAACCUGCUACCUCACGAACAAGGAAAACAUAUUUAUGCUGCCUGUCGUCAAUAAACUGCAGACGAGACAUGUUGUAAAUGGAGACAGUGCUGACAAUGUAGCAUUUAACGAGACAUGUGAGCCACAUGUUUUAUUAGAUCUUCGUAGUUGGUAGUUUAAAAUAUAUAUAUAUUUUGUAGGCAAUGCGACUACUAAUUUCUAAACCUUGUAAAAUAAAUCUUUCGCUGGCGAUUGGGUGAAGAGUAGUAACUACUCUAUUGUCAUGACAACCGUAAACGAAUUUCAGGCGUGACUGAUCCUAGACUGGCUCAGCUUCAGAGUAAACAUUUCAUUUAGAGGCUAAUCUAUCCAUAUAAACUACCAUGUCAGAUGUUGGUUCUGAGGAUUUUGAGGAUGAUCAAGGUUACCUUGGAGAGUAUGAAGGUGACCGGAAUGAAGCUGGAGAGAGGCAUGGGGUCGGGAAAGCAGUGUUGCCAAACGGGGACACUUACCAGGGAAUGUAUGAAAAUGGAAAAAGAUGUGGACAGGGGACAUACCGGUUCAAGAAUGGGGCCAGAUACAUUGGAGAAUAUUACAUUAAUCUGAAACAUGGCCAGGGUAUCUUCUUCUACCCAGAUGGAUCAAAAUACGAAGGAACCUGGGUUGAAGAUCAGCGCCAGGGUCACGGAAUAUACACCUACCCCAAUGAGGACACAUACGAUGGAGAGUGGUUGUGCCAUCAAAGGCAUGGGCAGGGUAUGUACAGCUACCAUGUCACCGGCUCCAGGUACAUAGGGACGUGGGUGAAUGGUAAGAUGGAGUUGGCGGGAGAGUUCAUUCAUCUGAACCACAGAUACCAGGGAAACUUCCUUAACAACAAUCCUUAUGGACCAGGAAAGUAUGUAUUUGACAUCGGAUGUGAGCAGCAUGGAGAAUACCUACAUGUUGAUCAGGACAGAGGAGAUGGAGAGGAGGAUGAGAUAGUCAGCACCCUGGUUCUGAAGUGGAAACCCAAAGCUGUCACUGCCCUAUCGCUAUGGGCACCAGCCAAGGAAUACUCACCUUCAGGUCUGUGGAAGACGGAGGAAGGGGGACUGGUAUCAGAAGACAAAGAGGGAGCCAAGUUUCUCACUACAGACAAACUCACCUGAACCCUUGUGACAUUCAGCUCUUGUUGGAUGCAAAUAAUUACAUAAUUGCAUAUAAUUUAUUUAUAUGUUACCAAUAAAUAACACUAUUAUACUCAUUGAUAGUUUUUUAUAGUGAAGUGAGUGACAACUUAAUACAUUAAGUGGUGAGA